AUGAAGAAGGAGAACGACGAGCAAUUGAAGAAGCUCUCGCCCGCGCGCGCAAAUCGCAGGUCGCAUAUGGAAACCGAGAUCGUGAAGCCUUAUCCCAGGCCUACAGGAAUGCAAGAGCAGAGCGAUGACAAGAAGAUUGAGCGGCUCCUUGCCGACCUCCAGCGCUUGAAGAGGAAGCACGAUGCGCAGAUGCAGGCUUCAGCGGCAAAGCCCAUCGCAACCCCGUUUGUGAGCCGCUCCACGCGCCUCUCGACCGAUGCCUACCGCAGCAUGCUCCUCUUCUACAAGGCACAGCCGGACGACCCGCUGUUGAACCGCCUCGUAUCCUGGUUCGACCCUCCCUACGUCCACGUCGAGAUCCGCUUCGAGGACGGGAUGGCGAGCUCGAUCUUCGCGGGAGAGACGGUCUUCUUCCGGCAGCGCACGUUUGCCAACAAGCACCGCCUGUGUGUGGCACUGAGCCGUGCAAGGGAGAGGCUGGUCAUCAUCGGCAACGGAAACACGCUGCGCACCAUCCCGGCGCUGCAAUACGUGCAAUCGAUCGCGCUCGCAAGGUGUGUGUGA